CUCUCGUUGUUGUUGUCUUGUCGUGCAAUCCAGGACACAUUUAUUCCGUCCCUAAACUUCACACGGAUACGGAACACUUCAACGACCACAAUGGCAGCUACUAUUCCACCUACWUGCGACAACGAUGGCGAUACCGUUCUGGUCCAUCUGGUAUUGACGGGAGCAUCUGGUUAUCUGGGGCAGCACUUGCUUUCCCAGUGGAUCACGAAAGGGCUUGGACUGGAAGAAGAAGAAUCGCCGGGUGCCCCGAACAGAAAGUACAAAACAAAAAUCACGGCCCUCUACAACCGGUCCGAAGGAUUUCCCGGUGCCGUCGAAAGAUUUUGCAGCAAAUCCCAAAACAAGGGUAGCGGCCGGGGCGUAUCCGACGURGCGGUCCGAUCGAUCGAUCUGACAAAUGCCGACGACGUCCGAUCCUUCGUGGAGUCGUCGCUGCUCGCCGAAGACUCGAGUCCGGGACACAAAACGACGGUUUUCAACGUGGUCGUUCAUUCCGCCGCGCUCUCGAGCCCCCGCGUGUGCCAAGAAGACCCCGAUCGCGCCAGGGCCGUCAACGUUCCCAGGGAUUUCUUCGAUGCGGUUUUGGGAACGGCAUCGGCCUCGCGGCGCACCGCCAUUGUGGCCCUGUCCACCGACCAGGUGUACGACGGAACCCGAAMSGAGGCCUUCUACACCGAGACGGAAACGAAGGGACUGGAGCCCGUCAACGCCUACGGGCAAACGAAGCUGGAAAUGGAGAAGCUCUUGUUGCGGGGGCGGGACGAUUCGCCUAUGGGCGACUGCUUUGCCCUGAGGUCGAGCAUCAUUCUCGGACCCCCCGCCCCGAUCGAUCCGGGCUGCGCCCACGGAACCUUUCUGGACUUUUGCAGGUCGCGGGGGGAGACAGAGAMCCCCACGACCUUUUUCACCAACGAGUACCGAUCGGUGGUCCGCGUGGAUCGUGUUUUGGACACCGUCCGGGGGAUCGUCGUCCGCCGGGUGUUGCUCGGACGGUCCGGCGACCGCGGAGAGAAAGCAGCGGCACGGGUGGUGUACAACAUGGGGGGACCCUGCCGGGUACACCGGCUGGACAUGGCAAGGGCGGUCUUUGACAAAUUCGGAUACGAUCCCAAAUUGCUGCUGGCGACGGACCAGACGUCGCCGCACAGCCCGCUGGAUAUUUCCAUGGACAGCUCGCUYCUGUUCCGCCACGGCAUCCUAGCCGGCAGCGACGACAAGACGCAAGGGCUUGCAACAGAAUCGUACCUGAAGGCACUGGUCGACUAUGCGUUUCCCRWUGGAGAGAAAUAGCGGGGUGAUGUUGCAGUUCGAUGAAAUGUCCUGUUUGGGAAAGCAUAGGGAAAACGAAGKAUGUUCGGAAAAGAAAAUCGAAUUAAAYAGACUGCUGUUCCUUCCAAACUUUGGUCCACUUCGCAAGCGUACAGRAGUGAUAGAGUCCAUUUUUUUUGUUACGAAAGYRAUACUUGUUGSCGACGAAAUCGACCUAAAAUCAGCGCCUUCGGAAUUCUUUUUUUCAAAUACAGCCAGGGUUUUUGCAGGCUAGAACCGCAACGGCGUAUCAUCGAUCCAAUACCGUAUUUUGGUCCUCGGUAGGAACGGUACAGCUGUUGCCAUUCCUACCGGCAUGGAGUUAACAGCRGAAGGAGUCUCCAGAUAACGCAUCAUUGAGAACAAUGCACUAUACAGGCAUUCAACUUUCGGUUCGCAUCAGACCCACCAGUGACACAGCUAAGCUCUUGUACCAUUUCCUAGGACAAUGCAGUCCCAUGAAAGGCCAUCAUUGUCUAUUUCGAUAGGCUMAACUAGGCACUAUCAACCUAGCAAAAAGAUCUGUAUCCAAUGAGAUCUCCACUUAUUUGGCUCCUUAACCCCAUGCGCAAAACGGGAUUGGUUUCGAGUCGACAACUUAUUUAGAUAAUCUUUUAUUMAUAGGUCGUGUUAUCUARWAAAUUAUACCAUAUUGUAAUCGAAGAAAAAGAUUUCAUAUAA